AGUGCGGCUGUGUGAAUGGAGAAUGUAACAACGGUCCUGAUGGGAACGGAGAGUGCUACUGCCAGCCGCCGUACACUGGACCCAGGUGUGAACAAGUCUCUGCUGCCUGUAAGAACUGCAGUGCCUACUCCCACUGUAAAGGAGUGGCAGAGAACUCCGUGUGUCAAUGUCUUCCUGGGUUUCACAAGACUGGAGACCGUUGCUCAGGUUUUUGUUCUGCUAAACAAUGUGAUGUGAAUGCGGACUGUUCUUGGCUGGGGGGGCGGCUGUUCCAGUGCCAGUGUAAGGCAGGUUACAAGGGGGAUGGUCGGAUGUGUGUUCCCAUCAACCCAUGUGACGAGGACAACGGAGGCUGUCCUCGCAAUUCCACUGUCUGUGUCUAUAAUAGUCCUGGCAAG